GAUUGGUGGGAUGUCAAAGGAGAAAUCCAGGCUUUGCCGGCGGGGUAUAUUGCCGAAGAUCCAUUCAAAUGUGGACCAGCUUCAGCCCUUAGAUCGUUGCCCGGUGGAGAUGAUGCUUCUAUGAUUCGGGUCGAUGGUGCCCACACGUGGGCCAUCAAUGGUAUCGGCAAGGACUUGUACAGCAGCUCGUUGGUACUUGCGGCACGUAUCGGUCUUUUUGGCACAGGCUCGAUGGAACACCGUCUUGGGGUUGCCUAUGACAGAUUCCAAGUCUUUGUGCGAAAAUCAUCGAAGUAUACCAGUAUCGACGGCUUCAAUUACAUGACCCUCAAGUGCAACAAGACGUACACAGACUUCCCCAGUGGUUUGGGCAAGGGGCAUGAUUGUGCCAUUGUCGGCAGCUGGCUGGAAGAAGAACUUGCCCGCACCAACGUGGCUGAGCAACACCGUGAGAUCUUCGAAGUCAUGCGCUACACUGUUGCGAUGGCAGGAAAGUUCUGGAGAACGAUCUAUGAGAGUGGGGAAGGCUACGCUACAUUGGCCAGUCUGAGUGCCCGAGCGGGCCUGAUGAUGUUCAAGAUUCGCCCGAAGUUGCAUAUGUACUGCCAUUUGGUGUUCCUGGGCACCAUGAUGGAAACCCUCUUUACCAAAAAUUAUAUGGAUAAAGUAGUUGUUUAUCCUUUCUGCGAAAGUAUACAGCUGAGACUGGACUUGCAAAAUCAAAUGGAGAACGACAAUGCAAAGUACAUCCUAUCGCCAACCAACUUUAUGGUUUGGUCUGACGAGGAUUUCAUCGGACGGAUUGCCAGGUUGAGCCGACGAGUACAUAAAGCCAGCACUGCGAAAUAUACGAUUGAUAGAGCAAAAUGUCUCUACCUGCGUCAGUGGCGGCGAACGUUUGAGUGA